AUGGGAGCUCGCCGAGAGUUGGAGAAGAAAGGGGCCAGAAGUGAUAAGUUGGUGAAACUUCUUUUGACCGUUGAAGGACUAGGAGGAGAAGCAAGAGGAAGCCAGGGGCCAGAAGUGGCAAAUUAUUAUUAUUAUCAUUUAAUCAUUUUCUUAAUCAUCUUUCCAUUCUUCACACCAGUCACUACCACCACUCACCGGAGAAGAAUCCUCCACCAGCCAUUAUAUCCAGCAACUACACCACCACAACCACCACCAUCUCCACCACCAUCCACCACCACCGACCACCCUUUCUUUCAAGCAACCCCAAAUGGACAACAAACCCCAUCACCACCACCACCCCCACCAACAGCCGCCGCAGCCACAGUCCCAAUUCCACCCCAACCAGCCACCGGCGCAAAACCCGGAAAGAAAAUAGCAGUUGUUAUUUCAGUCGGAAUAGUAACACUUGGUAUGCUUUCUGCAUUAGCUUUUUUCAUAUAUAAAAGAAAGUCAAAACCCAAGUUACUGGAUUCAAGUAAAAAUUUUAGUAACAGUUUUACUGACCAAAAUUCGUCAGUAAAUUUGCCACCAUCAAAUUUUUUAUAUAUUGGUACAGUUGAGCCAUCAACUGAAUCUAUAAAUACUAUGAGUUUAAAUUCUCAUAAUGAGUCACCUUAUAAUAAGUUAAAUUCUAUUAAAAGAUCUGAUAGAUAUAGACCCAGUCCAGAAUUACAGCCACUUCCGCCGUUAACUAAGCCGGCGGCGGUGGUGCCGCCGGCGAUGUCCUCUUCUUCUGAUGAGGAAGAAGAGGAAGAAAGUUAUCAUGAUUUUUAUACACCAAAUGGUUCAACAGCAAGUACUGAUGAUGGGUUUUCUUUAAAAAGUUUUUCUUUGAAAAGAAAUCUUUACUCGAAAAGGACGUCGCCGUCGCCGAAAUCGAGGUUGUCGGUGUCGUCUUCGCCGGAGAUCGCUAGUUCUCCGGCGAAAGAGGUUGGGCCCAGGAGGGCGAAAUUUGCUGGCCCGCCUCCUGGGCCUGAUAUGACACGUUUGAAUAAUGAAAAGGGGAAAAUCCCGGUACCACCGCCUCCGCCGUUGAUGGGGGUGGAAAAGGCGGCGGGGUUUUCGGGAAAGAGGAAAGAUAAACAAUUUGGGAAAAUGGAGUUGAUGAGUACUCCUCCUGUUGCUAAAGUGAUUCCAAAAAUGGUGAAAAAGAUGUCGUUUAAGAAUGAGGAGGCUGAAGAGAAUGAUGGGGAUGGUUCCAAACCCAAGUUGAAGCCUCUGCAUUGGGAUAAAGUCCGGGCUACCUCAGACCGGGCCACCGUUUGGGACCAGUUGAAAUCUAGCUCAUUUCAACUGAAUGAGGAUAUAAUGGAGUCUCUUUUUGGAACCAAUUCGGGUGGUUCAGCGAAAAAAGAAGAGACACAAAAAUCGGUUGUGCCUCCGUCAAUGAAGGAGAUUAGAGUUUUGGAUCCAAAGAAGUCACAAAACAUAGCCAUUCUUUUGAGAGCACUAAAUGUAACACAAGAAGAAGUAUCCAAAGCACUUCUAGAAGGGCAUCAAGAUAGCUUAAGUGCCGAACUCUUGGAAACACUUGUAAAAAUGGCUCCUACAAAAGAGGAAGAGAUAAAACUGAAAGAUUUCAGAGGUGAUUUAUCAACAUUAGGGUCUGCUGAAAGAUUUCUAAAGGCAAUUCUUGAUAUUCCAUUUGCAUUCAAAAGAGUUGAAGCCAUGCUUUACCGAGCAAACUUUGAAAAUGAAGUGAAAUACUUGAUGUCUUGUUUUCAGACAUUGGAGGCAGCAAGUGAAGAACUAAAGAGCAGCCGGUUAUUCCUUAAACUCCUUGAAGCUGUCUUACGAGCAGGAAACCGGAUGAAUGUUGGGACAAAUCGUGGUGAAGCUACAGCUUUUAAGCUAGACACCCUUUUAAAACUAGUGGAUAUAAAGGGAACAGAUGGAAAAACCACAUUGCUUCAUUUUGUAGUGCAAGAAAUAAUCAGAUCGGAAGGCAUCGAUUCAAGUUCCAAAAAUGAGUCAUAUCCUACAUUUAGUGAAGGAACUUUCAAGAAACAAGGACUGCAAAUUGUCAGUGGACUAAGCAGAGAAUUAAGUCAUGUGAAGAAAGCUGCGGGAAUGGACUCGGAUGUUCUUAGAGGUUACGUAUCAAAACUUGAAAUGGGGUUGCAGAAAAUUCGAUCAGAAGUUGGGACACAAGAAAUUGAAGGAAACUUUUAUCGGUCGAUGAGAGUUUUUGUUAAAGAAGCAGAAGUUGAACUUGCAAAGAUCAAGAUUGAUGAAAGGAAGGCGUUAGCAGCUGUUAAAGAGGUGACUGAAUAUUUUCAUGGUGAUAAUGUGAAAGAGGGGGUGUAUCCAUUAAGAAUCUUUAUGAUUGUAAGAGACUUUUUGGGCAUAUUGGAUAAUGUAUGCAAGGAAGUUGGACAAAUGCAAGAUAGAGUAAUGGUGGGUUCGGCUAGAUCCUUUAGAGUUCCUCCUUCUGCACCAUUACCAGUCAUGAGCAGAUAUAAUGUGCGUCAUAAUAGUAGUAGUUCAGAUGAAGAAAGCUCGUAUUCAUCUCCAAGAUAAGAUCUGGCAGGGAAAUUUAUCUUAUAAUGUACAAAUAUAAACUUACCUUCUUAUUAGACACUUAAACAAAUCAAAUAUCUGAAAGCGCUACAAAUUCACAUGAAGAAGGUAUUCGGAGGUCCGAAACACUGGAUUUCAAGGAUCUUGGAAUGAGGUAUAGAUUACAAAGUUACACUUAGUCUUCUUCGUUUACAUACGAAAGUAUACGGAUUUAUAUUUACGUGCAUCAUGCUUUAGUUUGAGCUUUAGAAGAACAUAAUUUCAUCAAGAGGUAAAUUCUUUUAUGUUUUUGUGCUCCUUUCUGAAUUCUCUUACAGUAAUUUGUUGUACCAAAAUUUUUGCAGUUUUUUUCCUGUAGUACAUGCGCUUCUGUUU